AUGUUGUUCCACACGGACAUGUCAUCUUCAAACCAAGAUUUAGCAGACCCAGAUUUGGGUUUGGGGGCAAGCGGAGCCCAAGCAAGUAGUGGGGCUGUUGUGCCAAAAGGGAACAACAAGAGACGAGCGGCACCUGAUUUUGACGAUGACGAAGGAAACAAGUUGUUCAGGUGUGACGAUGACACAGGAGGCUCCAAUGACAAAGAGCGCUUCGCUAGGGAGAACCACAGCGAGAUAGAGCGGCGGAGGCGGAACAAGAUGACGGCCUACAUCACGGAGCUGUCGGACAUGGUGCCCACGUGCAGCGCGUUGGCACGGAAGCCUGACAAGCUCACUAUCUUGCGAAUGGCAGUGUCCCACAUGAAGUCACUGAGAGGGAGUGGCAACAGCAACCCAGACGGCUCUUACAAACCAUCCUUUCUCACCGACCAGGAGCUGAAGCACCUCAUCCUGGAGGCCGCCGACGGCUUUCUCUUCGUAGUGUCGUGUGAGACCGGUCGAAUUGUUUAUGUCUCGGACUCGUUAACGCCUGUCCUCAACCAAUCACAGUCCGACUGGCUGGGCUCGUCACUCUACGACCAGCUUCAUCCCGAUGAUACGGAGAAGCUGAGGGAGCAGCUGUCUACGGCGGAGAAUAACAACGCAGGACGGAUGUUGGACUUAAAAACAGGAACUGUGAAAAAGGAGAGCCAGCAGUCCUCCGCCAGGAUGACAAUGGGAGCCCGGCGGUCAUUCAUUUGCCGAAUGAGGUGUGGCACGUGUCCAGUGGAACCAAUGUCCAUGAACAGACUAAACUUCCUAAGAAAUAGAAACAGGAAUGGUCUGGGUGCAGCAAAGGACGGCGAGCCUCAGUAUGUGGUGGUCCACUGUACAGGAUACAUUAAGUCCUGGCCGCCUGCGGGUGUGUCCUUAUCAGACAGUGAAGCAGACAACACUCAAGGAAGUCGCUAUUGUCUCGUUGCCAUUGGCAGAUUACAGGUGACCUGCUGCCCAGGCGAUACAGACGUCAACAGUAUCAGUGUUCCAGUAGAGUUCAUUUCGCGCCAUAACUGCCAAGGCAUAUUCACAUUUGUUGACCACCGCUGCGUGGCGGCCGUUAACUACCAGCCACAGGAACUGUUGGGGAAGAAUAUUCUAGAACUUGCCCAUCCAGAGGACCAGGGUUUGCUCCGGGACAGCUUUCAACAGGUGAUGAAGCUGAAGGGUCAAGUGCUCUCGGUCAUGUUCAGAUUUCGCUCCAAAUCGAGAGACUGGAUUUGGAUGAGAACCAGCUCCUUCACCUUCCAGAACCCAUUUUCUGAGGAGAUUGAAUAUGUUAUCUGCACGAAUGUCAAUGUCAAAAACACGACUCAGGACCCCCUCAGUCCUAUCCGUUCUCCAGGGGGUUUGCGGCCCCCCUCUCUGGGUCAGAGCGGCUCAAAUGGCCCCCCUGCAGUUCUUAGCCCAGGGCAAGUAGCUACCAGGCAAUUGCAACAGCAACAGCAAGCUGAGCUGGAGGGGGGCAGCGCGAGAGAAAGCCUAUAUGAGGCUGGUCCCAUCACACUCUCACAGCCUCAGAUGCCAGUGCAGCCAGUGACGGCAACCGGGCCGGAGCACAGCAAGAGCAUGGACAAGCAAGAUCUGUAUCCCUCCCUUUUCCAAGGCCCCAGUCAGACAAAAGGCAUGGCCGCCACCUCAACACCAGCAGCCCAAAUAUACCCCGCUGUCAACAACUUUAACGCCGGUCGCCCCACAGAUGCAUACAACAGGCCGGCCAGUAUGGCGCCACAGAUGGCACAGCCAGCCCACUCGGCAGGGCAAAUCCUGGCCCAGAUGUCCCGUAACAAUGGCGCCCAGCAGCCUGUUACUCCCUCUAGCACUAGCAGUCCUCUGCACGGAGGACCUGCAGGAGGAUGGCCUGGUCCCGGAGCAGGCGCCGGAACGCAAUUCAAUAAUCAGCAAGUGGCUCCCCAAGCAGCAAAGACCAUGUCCCCACCAUUUGCUUCCAUGGGUGGAUUUGGAGGCGGUUCUUCCAGUUCUUUUGGCCAAAUGCCCACAGGUGCGGCCCCGAGCCAGACCAGCGGUGCUAACUACCCACAAAUCAAUGCGCGCGCCAACAUCAACACAAACAGUUAUGAUGGUUCUCAAUCGCAGUUCCCAUCCCGAGCAACGGAGGCAGUAUGGCCUCAGUGGCAGGGCCAGCAGCACUCACAGAGCAAUGCAGAGCAGCACCCUCAUGCGCAAGGCAAUCAGCAAGACAUGUUUACUGACGUGUUGUCCAUGCUGGACCAGCCCGCCAACUUCAACAGCGAAGAUUUUGAUAUUCCCAUGUACUCCUCAUUUAAUGAGUGA